UAAUGUUUUUAGGGGGAGUCGAUAUUUAAUUCCACGGAGGCGAUGUUUAGCAAUUACUGGCAAGAAAAUUUUGUUAUACCUGACAUUGUUUAGAUUUACAGGGCGAUAUUUAGGGUUUUAUUUAGAUCUAUAGGGUGGUGUUUACAUCUGAGGGUGGUGUUUACAUCUGAGGGCAAUGUUUAGAUAUUAUACUGAGGCCGUGUUACAGUUUAGAUGAGUUUUAAGUCGAGGCGAUGUUUAGCCGGUAUACCCAUUUAAAAUGGAUUGUUUAAAACUGCACAAAAGGCGAUAUUUAGAUCUAAGGCGAUAUUUAGAACAACUAAGAGUCUUUAAAAGGUGAAUACUUCAGUCAAAUGAGGCGAUGUUUAGCACGUUUUUUAAGUAAAAGGCGAUGGGGCAUGAUACAAAACGGUUUAUAUGUAUAUAUACUAUGAUAAAAGACUGUGUUUACUUAAAAGAUAAUAAUAAUUUUUAAAUGAGGCGAUGUUUAGCUCAGUCAUCAUGCCUAUUUACAAUACAAAACAAAAGACGAUUGCUUAGAACUACAGGAGGCGAUAUUUAAAUCUAUUGGGCAAUGUUUAGACAAUAAAAGGCCUGAGGCGAUGUUUAAGAAUAGUAUAAUAACAAAAUAAAUAAUGAAGGGCGUGUCAUUGUUGCUAUGGUAACAUUAACCACGAUCACACAUGGCGAGUUCCAGCAAGCACAGUGCCAGCUCCAUUGCAGCUGAUAUUGGAAAAGCCAUUAACUCCAUACUUAAGAAAUAUGAAGAAGAAGAAGAUGAUGAUGACUUUGUCAGUGAGCUUCCGCCUAGGAAGAAAACAAAAAUAUUACCAUCAAGUUUUGUUAAGAGUAAGGGUAAGAAUAAAGCUACACCAGCUGUUCAAAGUAACAACUGCAGGAAAGUGACAACAUAUCAUCGUGAUAUCAUCUGUCUACCGAUGUCGUAUCGUACCAAUUCCUGCAGCAUUCCUAUACCUAGAGAUCGAAAUGAUCUCUCUCGAAGUGGACUCAUUGGGAAAAUUACUCUCACUUCUGAAAUGCAACAAGAUGAUAUCUUUAAUGAGAUACGCUCUGUCUUUCACAAACCAAUGAAUGAUUCUUCUACCUUUUCGUUUCAAGUCCUGCAACCUAUUGGAGGGAAAGGAAAAGGGCUCACUAUUCCAGCUAAGUCAUCUUCUUAUCAUUGGACUGCCUGUUCUAUUGUACCAAAGAAUGCGAAAGUUCCUCUGUACAUUCUUGCUAAUGAACCGCUUUUGAAAAUUGAGGUAAGUGACAGCGAAGAAGAAAUUGUUGACUUAACAGUGAUAAUCAGUCUAAUGCUAGUGGAAAGUAAGACAACCGUGUGA